GGCAGCUUUUUGCAGCCCCGACUCUUGACUGCCAGAUCCAACCGUUGCUCACCCUAACCGCCAACGUCAUGCACUUUGUUGCAGCUACAAGCGUGCCGUCCCAUUCUUCUCUCACACUUCCACCCACCUUGGCAAGACGAUCAGGACGGCAGCGACGAACGACGGCCGCUACGACCGGAGGCAGCAGCAGCAAGAGAAGCCCCGUCCUCUCAAGUCAGUCAGUCGUGUGCGAUGCCGAUGGUAAACGAGAUUUGAUGCCACGUUCCGCUUGAUUCCGGCUUCUACCUUCGUCAACUCUCAUCCAUCGGCCUCGUCUUCAUCCUCAUCCUCAUCCUUUGCUCUGAUCUUCAUACCCGCCACCUGCGCUUGGCAUGGCAGUCUUGACCGGCCAAGACGAGGGCGCGCUGCGCUACCCUCCUCGCAAGUGGUACCGCCGCGUCCCCUUCGUCGGCAUCAAGCCCAUCGACGAUCCGGUCACUCAACCUAGCGAGAAGCAGGAUGCUUCUCCGGAUGAUGCUGAGAAGGGCGCCUCGACGUCGUCUUCGCCAGAGAAUCCCGUCUUCCCGGAGAUGAGCGCCGGCUGGUUGUCUAUCCUCACCUUCCAUUGGCUGCACCGCAUCCUUCGCAUCGGAUACUCUCGCCCACUGGUCGGCGAUGAGCUCUACUCGAUGCCAGAGCAUCGGCGAGCCGCAGUCUACGGCGAGCGACUCGAAGCAGCGUGGCAACGUCGAUGCAACGAGGCUGCAAAGGGGCAGAUCAGCAAGGCCGACGUUAUCUCCAAUUCGAUACGUCGUCUAAUGGGGCGUCCUGUCAAAGAGCCGCGGCCAAGCUUGGUCUGGUCAUUGAAUGAGAUUGUUCUCGACUGGUUCUGGAUUGGCGGCAUCAUCAAGCUCUUCUCCGACUUAGCCACCAUCACAUCGCCGCUCCUGGUUCGAGCCAUCAUCGAGACGCUGAACGACACGACGUCGAGCUACCAAGAGAAGCGCGGCUACGGCUUGUCCGUGGGUCUCUUCCUGCUGCUACUAGUCGCCGUCUUCUGCAACGUCCACGGCUUCUACCGCUCCGUCUCGACGGGCAUCGCGCUGCGUGGCGCCCUCAUCCACGUCAUCUACAAUCGAGGCACUGAGCUCUCGGAAGAGGCUCGCACGCGCGGAGGCUAUGGAGUGGGCAAACUCACCAGUCUGGUAUCGGCUGAUGUCAGCCGCAUCGACUUUGUCUGCACCUACUUCCACAUGGGUUGGACAUCCGUCGUGCAGGUUCUCGUCUGCCUUGCCCUCGUCAUCUACUCUUUGGACGGAGUAAGCGCUCUACCUGGCUUUGCCCUUAUCGCCAUCUUGUAUCCGACGCAGAACUUCAUGGUUCGAAAGCUCUUCGCUCUGCGUCGCGCCUCGAUGCCGUACACCGAUGCGCGCAUCAAAGCUGUCGUCGAAGCGGUCUCCAGCAUUAGACUCAUCAAGACGUACGCGUGGGAGCAGCCCCUCCUCAAGAAGAUUGCUGGAUUCCGAAGCUCCGAGAUGGCCCUCCUACGUACUCGCCUCAUCUGGCGAAGCAUCAACACGUCCGUCUCUUUCUCCAUCCCGACCCUCGCUGCCGUAGUGAGCCUGGUUACCUACGCAGGCACAGGUCACGAACUGGAUUCAGCCACCAUCUUCUCUGCUCUCUCCUUCUUCCUGCUCUUGCGCACGCCGCUCCAAAUUCUGCCCAUUGCUCUCAGCGCUAUCGCUGACGCCAAGGCCGCAUUGGAGCGCCUCAACCUCUUCAUGGAGGCGCCCCUUCGUCAACCUGACCGGCCCAUCGACCCCGAUCUCAAGGAUAUGAUUCGCGUUCGCAACGCUACUUUCGAGCAUCACGAUAGUGAAAAGGAUUCAGAGAAACCUAGCCAGACCGGCUUGCAUAUUGACUCGCUCGUCGUACCCCGCGGCUCCUUCGUGGCGAUUGUCGGCCCCGUUGGCUCAGGCAAAUCAUCCCUCCUACGUGCUCUCAUCGGCGAUUUGCGGGAGGUGAGCUCCUCCGAGUGCGUCCUUGGCGGCCAUACGGCGUAUUGCCCACAGAGCGCCUGGUUGUUGAGCGCUACGGUGCGGGAGAAUAUUGUUUUUGGUCGCUUUUUUGACGAGGCACGUUAUCGCGACACAGUUCGUCGAUGCUGCCUCGAGCCAGACUUUGCAGCACUCUCUGAUGGCGACCUUACCGUCGUCGGUGAGAAGGGUGUCUCGCUAUCUGGAGGUCAAAAGCAGCGCAUUUCCCUCGCGCGAGCAGUCUACAGUGGGGAGGAGCGCCCCCUUCGCCUCCUCGACGACUGCUUCUCGGCGCUGGAUGCUCAGGUCGGCAACGAAGUCUUUCAAAACGUCAUCGUCGCCUCCAAAAGCUCAGCCAAGGACAUCACACAUGUCCUCGUCACCCACUCGCUGGCCAUUGUGCCGUACGCGGACCACGUCGUCUACUUGGACGCUGGCCGAAUCGUCGAGCAGGGCAGCUAUCGCGCCUUGAUGGAGCAGAAGGGCAAGUUUGCGGACCUUAUCGGCGAGGAGGCAAAGGAGCGCCAAACCCAGGAGGACAGUGAGAGGGAGGGAUCUUCUUCUGGACCUUCAUCUCCUUAUGCAGACGAGGGUGACAACAAGUUCGACUCGGACAAGAAGGAAGGCAAAGCGGUGAUGCAACAGGAGGAGCGCCUUGUCGGCUCAGUCACACCUCGAACUUACCUCGACUACAUCCUCCUCGGUCGUGCGCCCCUCACCGCCCCCGUCUUCAUCAUCUCUAUCCUCUUCUACCAGGGAAGUACCAUCGUCUCGCCUCUUUGGCUUCGCUGGUGGGAGCAACGACGCUGGUCGUACGUGUCGGAGGGCACCUACAUGGGCGUAUACGCCGCUCUGGGUAUGGGACAAGCCCUUGGCCUCUUCUGCAUGAGCGCCUCCUUCGCCCUCUUUGCGUACUACACCUCCUCACACCUCCACGCCCGAGCAGCAAAGCGUGUGAUGCAUGCACCGCUCGCCUUCUUUGAUACCACACCGCAGGGUCGUAUCACCCAUCGCUUUUCGAAAGACAUAGACGCUGUGGACAACGUUGUCGGCGAAACGUUGCGCAUCUUCAUCAGCACCACAGUGCAGGCGCUGGGCUCCAUCAUUCUGGUCGCGAUCAUCUUGCCCGAGUUCCUGGCCGUCGCAGCCGUAAUCGUCGUCCUUUACGUCUGGGUAGGCAUUUUCUACCGCCCAGCAAGUCGCGAACUGCGCCGCCUCAACAACAUCCUUCGCUCUCGCAUCUAUGAACACUUCUCCGAGUCCCUCACAGGCAUCACCAGCCUACGAACGUACGGCGUCGUAGCCGGCUUCAGGGUGGACAAUGCUAAACGCAUCGAUUCGGAGAACAGAGCCUACUGGUUGUCCAUCGCUUGUCAACGUUGGCUCUCCCUCCGCCUCGAUUUCCUCGGCGCAUGCCUCGUUCUGGGCUCUGCGCUCCUCGUCGUCGGGCUGCGUGGCAGCAUCGACGCCUCGGCCGGAGGCGUUGUCCUCUCGUACAUGGUGACGGUGCAGUCGGUCUUCGGUCAGAUGAUUCGACAGUCGGCAGAAAUUGAGAACAACAUGAACUCGAUUGAGAGGCUCCUGCACUACGCGGGGAAGAUUGACCAAGAGGCAGAUGCGGAGAAGAAAGCGGACGUGCAGCUGGAGAAGAAAGGAUGGCCGCAAAAUGGCAAGGUGCGAUUCGAAUCGAUUACCGCGUCUCAUCGCCCGGGUCUGGCGCCGGCGCUGCGGGACGUCUCGCUAGAAGUCAAGGCAGGACAGCGUAUUGGUGUCGUCGGCCGUACAGGUGCUGGCAAGUCGACGCUGCUCUCCUCCCUGCUACGUGUCAUGGAGCCCAGCGCCGGCCGCAUCCUCAUCGAUGACGUCGACAUCUCUGAGGUCGGCCUGUCGCUGCUUCGUCGCAGCAUCUCGGUCAUAUCCCAGGAUGCUGUGCUGUUUGCGGGCUCGCUGAGGUACAAUCUGGACCCAUUUGAGGAGCAUCAGGACGCUGAGCUCUGGGCUGCGAUGCGUCAGGCCAAGCUCAUCGAGGAGGAAGACAGCGAGUCCUCUCCUCCCUCCGGUGAUGCUACGCCGACGGAAGAUGCCAAUCAGCCUCGCCGCCUACACCUGGACAUGGAGAUCGCGACGGAUGGGUCCAAUCUGUCUCAAGGACAACGCGCGCUCGUCUCGAUCGCUCGCGCCCUCGUCAAGAAGUCCCGCAUUCUUGUGCUCGACGAGGCCACUGCCUCCGUAGAUGUGAAGACGGACGCGCACAUCCAGACCAUGCUUCAAACGUCUCUACGGGACUGCACAUUCAUCACGGUGGCGCAUCGCCUCGACACGAUCGUCGGGCCUUCGGACCUGAUCUGCGUGAUGGACCAAGGAAGUGUAGCAGAGUACGCUAGCCCAGAGGAGCUCUGGAGCCAAGAAGAUGGCUUGUUCCGCCUUCUAUGCCAGAGCGCUGACAUUGGUGAGGAGGAGUUCAGACGAAUGAGAGAGGAAGGGAAGAGGUUGCGCCGCGGCUACGAUGUGUGAGGCGGGAAGAGCCCAAAGUCAAGCCAAGCCAAGCCGCCGUCGGACGCGACGAACUGUUGGAACAUAGGGCCCGAUCAUGCCAUGUCAUGCCAAUGUACAUAGAAUGGAGUGGCAGAACGGAGUAGCAAUAGACUUGUGAUCUGGAUCCUUUACGGGCAUUGAUCGUUUGCGGAAACCACCUGGAUGAAUAGCCAGGCAUACACACAUUAGAGCAAGGAUUGGCAGCUUUAGCGCGUUUGUCGACGGCGAGAGAAGCGAUGCCACAAGGUGUGGCGAGGCGUGGCUUCGUGGACGUCGUGCGGGCGGACGUACGACAUGGGCAUGGCAUGGUGUGGCGUGA